UUUCACAAUACGCUCAGAGUCGAGAGAAAAAAAUUCGACAAUCGCCGGGAGGAAGAAGAAGAGAUCGAAGCAAUGUCGUGGCAGACCUACGUUGAUGAGCAUUUGAUGUGCGAUGUCGGCGAUGGACAGGGCCAUCACCUCACCGCCGCCGCAAUCGUCGGACAUGACGGCAGCGUCUGGGCUCAGAGCGCUAACUUCCCUCAGCUCAAGCCUGACGAAAUCACUGGAAUAAUGAAAGAUUUCGACGAGCCGGGAUACCUCGCCCCUACAGGUUUACACCUCGGAGGAGCAAAGUACAUGGUCAUCCAGGGUGAGCCCGGGGCUGUUAUCCGUGGCAAGAAGGGAUCAGGAGGGGUAACCAUAAAGAAGACGGGGCAGGCGCUAGUGUUCGGGAUCUACGAAGAGCCUGUCACCCCAGGACAGUGCAACAUGGUCGUCGAGAGGUUGGGAGAUUACCUCAUCGAACAGGACCUCUAAACACCUCCCCUCUGUUCCCGUCGGCCUUCUCUCUUUAUAUAUACUUGCCAUUUUUCCUUUCUUGUUUUAUUUUUGAAAUGGUUCUUGUUUCUUCUCGGUGUUUCUUCCCUUAAUAACACAACAGCCGUGUGAAGUGAAGAUUAUAGACAACUUCUCUUUCUUUCCUCCAAGCGUUUCCGCUUGUCUUUGUUGAUUUUUAUUUUUUUUCCUUACUCUUUUAUUACAUAUAUAUAUA